AUGAGUAAUAACCAAGUACCAGAAGAAGAUAAAGUUACUCGUUAUUUAUACUAUCCUAAUGAACCAAAAAAUAUUGAUUCUUUGAUUUGUGAAUGGCUCUUUUCUGAUAGUGGCAACUAUAUUUUGGCAAGAAAAACAUGA